GGUUACAUUGAAACCACUCGGGAUUCACUAUUGAUUUUUGAGGCUUGCAAGCGAGGCUUGUUACCACGGAUAUGCCGACGACUUCAAGAUAAAGAACGUCAACUCGUACAGAGUGGCACCGUAUUUUGCUUUGAUGAAAAUGAAAGUGGUAUUAAACGAUGGACCGAUGGUCUUUUGUGGAGUCCGUCCCGUAUCCUGGGGAAUUUCCUGAUUUAUCGGGAACUCGAGACCAAAACGCCACUGGUCGAUGAAGAGUCUUCGGACGACGCCAAGUCGUACCCACCAUGCACCUCGGUCUCGUACCCCUACAGAAAACAACGUGAUCGCACGGCAUCAGGUUCCUUGAAACCAUGUUACCGGUUCAAAACGAAUGGACUGAUCAAAAAGUCAAUGUCCCUCAUGAUGGGCGGAGUGCAACAACACCUCAUCAGUUACUACAACAAAGACGAUGUCCUGGCCGACAAGUUACCUACCCCGUCAUUGUCGCCGGAACUUGCCACCAUGGAGAUCUCAACCGAGUUGCUCCAUUAUCGCCAUUUCCGUGUUCCUCUCUUUCUCGACGAAGGGCCU